AGUCCCUAAUCUAUCCGGUGGCGCUAGGUAGGCUCAUGCAUUACAUGAACAGAUUUGCUAUGCUCCGAACAACGUGGUUCAUUUGGAAUAAGAGGUCUAGGAGUUGGCUCUGCGGUUACGUCUGGAGCUACCGCGCCUACCGCGAACAACGUUCGACGAGCUGCCUCCCUGUCAGUGAGUGUUACACUUACGUACGAAUUUACAAGUGCGACAAAGAGGCAACCCGUCGAACGUGGUACGCACCGUUGACAUUUGGGGUUGUGUUAGUCGUAAUAAAUUGACAUGGUAUGAGAAUAAAGUAUAAACCUGAAUCUUAGGCUUUAUAAUUAUAAAAGAAACAAUAGGGAAUAAUUAAAUGACAAAGUCAAAUUAAUGACUGCUUCAAUUUCAUUUUUGCGUCCAACCUUGGUCCAACCCAUCAUUUAUUCUACCACACCAUACAAUUAAAUUGUCAAUUUAUUCCGAUUACGCGUCAAAUUGUCCCGUAUAAAGUGCUAAAAUGUAUAGUCUGUGAUAUCUGUCAUCUGUCAAGAGUGUAUUUCUAACAUUUCUGUAUUUACGUGGUAUUUACUUGGUAUUUACUACAACGUAGUGGCAGUGACUAUAUUCUCUUAAUAUUUAUGGACGGCGGCGCCGCGGCGGAUUGACGAGUUCAUAUUUACCGAUACAACGUAGCGGUUGUCGUGAUGGACGUGAUGCAUGCGUGUCGCUGCUGCCUUCGGUGUCCAUCUGACAAAGACCUGGAGACGCCGUACACAUAUCUCGGCAAAACGGAGAUAUAUGCCGACAUGAUCAAAGAGUGUUUUGAUAUACAUCUGGUACUGGGCGGCUCGGGCUCGUGCGGUAUCUGCUCGGCUUGCGUCGGCCGCCUGCGAGACGCGAGCGACUUCAAGCUGCAAGUGCAGCGCAGUCAUGCAGAGUUGCAGGCACUGCUUGUUAAAGCGGAGUCUGCAGUCAAACCAGAGCAGGCUGAUGAUAGCGCGGAUGAUGACUCAGUGUUGGAUAUGUUAUAUGAAGACCCGCUCGCCAAGUCGGAGACGGAUGAUGUGAUGAGUGACGGCCACUCGUCAGCGGCGGAGUGUUCGGACGGCAGCGCCGCCCGCGCCAGGGAACAGCUCGCGACGGCUUGUUCCGUGGUGCUCGAGCGCCUCCGCGGCGACGCCACUGCGAACAGCGGAGGCAAACCAUACAGCUGCGAUCACUGUGGCAUGCAUUUCAGAAACAAGACUUUUUUAAGAAAACACAUAGCAAGCACACACCUGUCGACCGGACCAAAACCAUUUGCUUGUGAUUUUAGUAGUACUACUUUUCAAACCAAAUCGCUUGAAAUCGAACACGAGAAAAGCAAACACGGUAUUACAAAUUUAAUGUGUGCUGAAUGCGAGUAUACAACAAGUUCCAAGAAAAGUUUAGAGACUCAUAUAAAGAGUCACUCGGUUGAGAAUAACUUUAAGAGUAGUCACUAUAAAGACAUAAGGUCGUGUGAAAGUGAUUUACACAAACACCAAUCAAUACACAUUGAUGGAAAGCCUUUUAACUAUAGCGACUACAAUUUGAAAUGCAAUCAGAGAACAAACCAGAUGAUACAUACUGGAAAGAAGCCUUUCACAUGUAGCUACUGUGGGAACAAAUUCAGUCGGAAGUCACAUUUAAAACUGCACCUGAUGAUACACACCGGGGAAAAGCCAUUUAAAUGUAGCAAUUGCGAAUACAAAUGCAGGCGGAAAGAUCACUUGCUAACUCACCAGAAGAUACACACCGGAGAGAAGCCGUACACAUGUAGUUAUUGCGGCUUUAGGUGCAAUAAUAAGUCAAACUUACUAAAACACAAAAAGAAACAUACUGACGAGAAGUAUUUUCAGUGUAGCCACUGUGAUUACAAAUCCACUCUGAAAUUCACGUUAAAAAGACACCAGAGGAUACACACUGCUGAGAAGCCGUACUCAUGUAGUUAUUGCGACUUUAGGUGCAAUGAUAUGUCAAACUUACAAAAACACAAAAAGAAACAUACUGACGAGAAGUCUUUUUAUCAGUGUCGCCACUGUGAUUACAAAUCCAAUCUGAAAUCCACGUUAAAAAGACACCAGAUUAUACACACUAAAGCAAAGCCAUAAAAACUAACGAAAACAUCAUAAUGUAAUUAAUUUUAUUAUGUAUUCAUUAAUUAUUUAUUAUGAAUUUCAUUAUCUGGAGUUUAAUUUUAUUUUAAUUUAUUGUAAUAAUUCAUAGAUAAUAUUUUUUGACGAGUAUUCAGUCGCACAAAAUGACAUGCAAAUUUUACAAAAAUAUUAUCUAGCAUACACUAUCGCUACAAAACAACACCACUGUAUUUUAGAAUUAAGUUUUCUCGCAAAUAAAAAAUCUUUAUCUUUAAAGUUUGUUUGGCGUGAAUGAUACAACGGUUGUUGUCUAAAAACAAAUAUAUUCUGAUAGAAUAACGCGUACAUGCUAUGUAUGUACACUACACAUACGUACAUGUGGCGGUGGGGCAUAGUACACACACUACACCUUGAAGAAAAAAAAGAUUAAAAUAUAAAACAUAAUCUAUUUCGUUUUACGUAAGCACUGAAUAAAUUUAAUAAUAAUAAUAAUACAAGCAUUACAAAAAAUUCAGUGUAGAUGUAAACAAACUUAUUACGAUAAUAGCGUAGGUAGGUAGCAGAUACAUUAAAAAUUUAAACGAAAAUUAGACAUAAAUGAAGCACCAAUGUCCAAUUCAAUGUUUAGUUCCAAUAAAAUAUAUACAUUAAUGUUAAAAUGUUAUAAUUACGCACGCUUUGAUGACGAAACGAUACAUUUUAUAUUAUUUAUUUUACAUAAUUAAUAUGAUAAAAAUAUAUUUUAAAACUUUAUAAUAAGUACAUGUAAAAAAACUACAAAAAUGUUAACCCGAAUCAAUAAACAAAAAUAUUUAAUGCUGUA